AUGGCUCAAGUGCAGGCGCACGACGAGGGCCAACAGCACGAGCAGCGCCGCACCGGCGGCCUGCUCGGCCUGCCUACUGAGCUCAUACACAACAUCUUGCUCUCUCUACCGCCUUUGUGCAUCGAACACUUCUCGCAGACCUGCAAGCUCGCUCGAAAUCGCGUAUACGGCGAAUUGAAGACAGGCGAUCUUCACCUUUGGAAGCAGCUCUAUCUCCAACGUUUUGACAAUCUACCCAGCCUCUGGGAUGCUCCCCAGUCCUCAACCACUCAGAACGACUCGCACGACCAACAGAACGCUGCCUCGUCACCCGAAACGCACGCCGUAUCCAACGUCAUGGCCCUCGUCCAACUCAGAGACCGUGCUGCCAGGCUCUACGCUGGAGAUCCGAGCAACCACACACCCAUCUCGUUGAACUUCAACGCCGUCCUCACUGCGCUGCUCUCCGUCAUUGAUACAGCAGUACCGCCACAAAGUCCCGACCAGUGUCUCAACACAGUCUGGCUCAGCGAUUCGAUCCUCUCGUCCGGUCAAGCCACAUGGGCUCAGUGGGUCUUCCCUCGCUCCAUCAUGCACAGCCUAGACGAGUUCAAAAACGAAGCUGCCGCUCAGAUCUCCUCCAAACGCUCCACUUCGCCUCAAGAUCGCAAGCGCCGACGUGUCUCCGCUGCCAAUGGCUCCUCAGAACAGAACGACCAAAGUGGGCCUUCGACUUCCGCAGCUGCAGCUGCUUCCUCGCGUCGUCGAUCCUCGUCCAAGUCCAAUGCUGAUCGUCCCGACUCGGUACGCAGACGCUCCGCUCGCCUGCUCAAACUCAUCUAUCCCGAACCUCUCCAUCCGCUCGUCGAUGCCGGUCUCGACAUUGAAGCACUUGUGCAGCCUCAGGUGCGUCUCGCCGCGCGCAUCCAUUGCUUGCACGGCAUCCGCGCGUGGAAGGACUCUCAAAAGACGCGCCUCACGGAGAGCCCUCAGGAAAUCCCCGGUCAAUCCAGCAGAGACGGUCUAGCUAACGAGGGCGCAGCGCAAGCGUCAACCCAAGACGCUGCACAGAAUCUCGAGGCGCCACGAGCACAAGAGACUGAUGCCAAUCAAGCAGAUGAGGGCGAGGGCCAAGAUCAACAAGACGAGGAGGAAAAUGACGACGAUGACGAUGAUGACGACUUUGACGACGACGAGAGCUUUGACGAACCGCCAGCAGCCAUGCUGCGCCAUCGACCUCGUGUGUUCGGUCCAAGUUUUGGGUUCUGCAACGCGCCAGACGAGGAGGACGAGGUCCGAGCGCGCAUGAGGCAGAGAGUGUACGACUCUGGCUACUACGGCUGGUCCAACGGCUACGGCCCUCUUCACGCCUGGCGUCGACCUUUGGACCCACAAGCCGACGAUCAAGACGACGAGGAUGAGGACGACGCAGCUAAUGAUAGCGAUGGUGACGAGGAUGCCAGUAUGGCCGAUGCCGUAACGGGCCAAGGCAGCGAAGACGGCGAUGACGACGCGCUACGCGAAGCUACUGAGCUAAGCGACGACGACGUCCCGGACGAUCCCAUUCCUAUCGAGAUCGAAGUAAGCCGCAACGGCGGCACCAGGCGCACGUUUCAAGUCGCUGAUCGAUACGGCAACCCCAUCAACUCCCAUCAAAGCACGAGCUGGGAAGCCUCGGACGGCGAGCACGAUCAAGACGAUGGAUCGGGUCAACGUCGUACAGAUCGCACGCCAUUUCAGCCUCCCGACCACGGCACCUACGAUGCCGAAACGCGGACAUUCACUUACGAAGGCGAUCUUCCCAUCGGCAUCAUCACCGGCAGCCACAACAUUCAGGUCACAGUCGGGGGCACGGUCGACUUUGUUGCUACAGGCUCACUCAACGUCCGAUUUGUCCGACCAGGCAUGCUUGCAGAGACUAUGCGUGUCACCAGCGGACACGAUGCCGAUAUGACAGAUGACGAAGACGAAGACGCCAUCCCGGACCACGACGACCCGGUCGUCGUCGAACUGGACGGCGAGGAGGACGAUGACGUGGACAACGAAGACGAUGAUGACUUUGACGGAGAUGCCAACGACUGGGAUGACUACGCCGACGUGGACGACGAUGACGAUGGGCUCGGACACUUUGGCAUGUUCCGACCCAUGGCCGCAGCUGGCGGCUAUCGCGGCUGCCAUGCCAACGACGAGAUCAAGCCCCUGCUACAACAACACGACGCGCAGCGAGAAGCUUCCGAUGCGGACGAUGGGAAGAAAGGUGUGAGCUUGCGCACGAAGGCGAUCCACUGGGAGUUGGUCGAAGCCAUCAUGGUGGUCAUGUAUGCCAAUUUGAAGGAAGCCAUCUGGCUCGAGAAUUGGGGCUUUGGCAUCAAGAUACCCAAGAUAUACGAUGAAGCCGGCCUGCUCACCAAAGAUCCGAUGGAGAAGCGCGAGUUCCUCGAGUUUCCUACCGGUUGGAUCUCAUCACUGCCGAGUCCUUUGCCCGAGGUUCACGUCGACAGUGCCACCGACCAAAGCUCUGGCAAGUGGCCAUCAUCGCCGCCUCGACCCAAUGGCUCUGCAUCGACACAGGACGACGAAAAGCCGCACGACUGGGCACGAUGCGAAAGCUUCUGGGGCGGCACGUACAGCUUUUUGGACUUUUCGCACUUCGUCGACUACAACGUACGCCUAGCGCGGCGGCGCAGACAGGCUUUGGUUAACGCCGAAGCUUCUGCCUCUGCCAGCAAUGGAGCCAAUGGCAAAGCGUCGAUGCGGAUCAACCAACUGGAUCAGCUGCCGAAACCGAACCUGGCUGGGCUGGAAGAAGCCGUGGGCGACUGCUUGCAGCUUCGGCUCGAGUUGCUGCCCAAAUCGCAGCAGCCGUUGUACAACGAAGCGGAGGAAGGGCAGGCGGACGAUGACGAGUAUCCGACGCUCUUCUUCCGAGGCACGACGGUGACGUACUGGGGCAACGAAGCGCCCAUGCCGCGCGGAGGGGUGCAUGGCAAGGUACGACCGGUGUAUGCGAGGGAGGAGGACAUGGAUGAGGUCAUGUGGAGGUGUCCGCGGGGGAAGAAGAAGAUCGAAGGGUUGCACUGGUCCUUGACGCACGUGUACGAGGGGGAGGAUCGGUGGCAGCUGGAAGGUAUUCAGCCGGGACCACCGGGUACGCGUGCGCCGAUCUUUGGGAUUUGGACGGACGCGCUGCACGAGGAGGAGAGUCCCAACGGUCCGUUCGUGUACUGGAUGAUGGAUGAGAGGCCGUGGAAGGAGAUUGAGCGGUUGAACAGGGAGGAGGCGAUGGCGGUGGCUGCUGCUAGGGCUGCGACGCGAUGA